GCCCAUUGCAUACUUUCCUUUCCAUUUGUAAACACUGACGGCUUUGACACCGCUCAAGCAAACGUGGGGAUUCCGUGAGCAGGGCUUGCAAGGCCAAGCCGUGUCUUCGGCAAACUGCUCUUUGUAUGCGCGACGCUGCACACGGUAGGUAGUUUCUCCUUGCCCAGCCUUCGCUCCUGCUCGGCGUCGUAAGUGCUCUUUGCCGCGCGGAAAGUAGAGGAGGCAUGCAGGUGUUGCAGCAGUUUAUCUUGCAUUAAGGCGCUGGAAAGUCUAUUAACUAAAGCAUGCCUGCUGCUGUGUGCGCGAUAAAUGAUUCUUUAUAGCAGCAGCGUCUUCCAGCUUCAUGCACCUCCUCCGCAUCCACCUCCUUCCAUUUCCGUCCCUCAUUCCGCACCGCAUCACCACCCUCGCGCUCCACCCUACCGCUCCGUUCCCAUGUCGCACACCACGUGUGCUGCAUGCAACGGAACCCCGUCACGAUGACUUCUGCCGGUUUCCUCCACCUUCCCUCGGCCCACCCAGUGCCCAGUGUCCUUCCCACCCUCCCACCCACCCACCUCCAAGCUCGCCUGCUAGGCUGGUCGCUGCUGCUGGGUGUGGCGCUGUGGGGGCUCUACGUGUGCUGCACUGCGGAGUGGGGGGCGCAGUGAGUGGCGGCAUUAAGACCCGGCUGCACCGCUACAACGCGCAACAGCAGCAACAGCAUCAGGAAGCAAGCAUCCGCACUCACAGCAGCAGCAGUGCCAGCCAGCAGCUAGCUGGGGCCCCCUCCGUGUGCGCAGCAGCCAUGUCCUCCUCCGCCGCCGACCCCACCACCUCCUCCGCCGGCCUCACCACCUCCUCCGCCGGCCUCAGCGACCUCUACUCGCUGUGGGCCAUGCCGCGAGGGGCGCUGGGGGAGCAGCUCCGCGCGGAGAUAGCGGGACUGGCAGCCCGGCAGGCGGCGGGUGCGGGAGGUGAUGGUGCGGCUCCGCCCGCCUUCCCCCCCCAUGUGACGGUGUUGGGGGACAUCCCCGGGCCGCGGGAGGAGGUGAUGAGGAGGGCGCGGGAGCUGGCGGGGAAGAUCAAGAAGUAUCGCAUCAACUUCACGGGUGUGGCGGCGGGGGCCUCCUACUACCAGUGUGUCUACCUGCUAGUAGCCAGGGAGGAGGGGCCGCUGGCAGCCGCCGCCGCAGCCCGGCAGCAGUACGGCAUGACCACUCCGCCGUACAUGCCGCACCUCUCGCUGCUGUACUCGGAUGCGGAGCCGGCGGAGAGAGCCAAGGUGGUGGACUCCGAGACCGGCCGGCUGUACGGCGAGGGUUCCGGGUACGACAGCCUGCUGGUGGAAACAGGGUUCGAGGUGGACCGGCUGGCGGUUUGGUACACGCCCACGGAGGACAGGAGCACGGGGGCGUGGAGCUGCGUGGGGGAGGUGGAGCUGGCGGGUGGGGAGUGAGGGGGUGGGGGUGAGGAGGGGGAGUGAGGAGGGGAGGCGGUGGUGAGGUGCGGUGUGAGGGCACGAGGGGGGGCACGACACUCCGUUGAGUUACAGUAUGGUUGGAGAGAGAGGUUGGAAUUGAUGAUGGUGUUGGUGAGAUGAUGGGAUGAGAUGAGAUGCGGCUGUGCAGCACGCAGGGAGGAGAGAGCGGUGUGCAGACAGCCCCUGUAACCCGGUGGAAGCCUUUCGGGGGCCGUACAUGGAUCGUGCGACCGUGCAUGUGUGAGGAGGCGUUGGGUCCGUAUACGGCAGGAGGGGUGUGCGUUAGGACGCUUGUGGUGGUGCAUGAGAAGGCCCAUGAGGGCGCCUUUGUGAGAGCUGCCGCCCUCUGUUUCCUCCUGCUGUGCCAGGUCGCGGACCUGUGCUGGGCUGGGGAGCUUCCUGCCGGCAUUGCCGCUGUACAAUUCCUACACAUUCCGUGCGCAAGGUUUGGAUCAACGU